AUGGAGCUCCCGCUUCAGCGAACCCAGAGAGGUCCCCGAGGGUCACUGCGGCCAAGGACGCCGAGCCCCCGAACCCCAGCCCUGGAGGAGGGUCUAGGGAGGAGGGGCCGGGGACGCGCAGGAAACUUACCUCACCCGGGCAGCAUUCGGGCGCCUCUGCUGUCGAGACCAGUUGCGCCACAGUCCGCAAGUUAUCUGGAUGUAGUUGCUUCCCCCCCGCCCGGCGCCGGGAGAUCUGUGCCGGCGAGGGGCGGAAGGGGCCCGACGGUCGGCGGGGCGGGGGCGGGGGCGGGGCGCGGCGUGCGGAGCCGGCAGGUGCGGGGCCGGGGCCGCGGGGCCAAACUCGCCCGGGACGCGCCUCGGCGGGGGCGCGCGGCUGCGAGUGUGCAGUGCGCGCGCGCCGCGGCGAGUGUGUGUGUCGCCGCUUUCCCCUUCCUUCCCCGCCAGUCCUCCGGCCAGACGGAGCAGCGAGCGGCAGCCGAAAAGCCCCAGCAGCCGGAGCGCUCCGCUGCCCUGCGCGGCCUCCGCGCAGCGCACUCGGCGGGGAGCGGGGGCCGGGGGCGGAGGAGCAGCGGCGCCCCCGGGCUCGGGCUCGGGCGCGGGCGCGGGCUCGGGCUCGGGCUCGGGCGCGGGUCCCGGCGCCGUGCGCGCCUGAGUCGGAGCGAGGCGCGGAGAGAGCAGUCUGCGCGCCGGCUGCCGCGGCUCGGGGAGGCUGCAGGCCCCGCCCGCCGGCCGCCCAGGCUCUUCCCCUUUUCUCUCCACCCACUUGCUCCAUCCCCGCUCGCCCUGCAGGGAAGGCAGACUGGUUUGCAGCACCAGCCGCGGCGGCGGGAACCUCCGCCGCAGUCGGACUGGGCGCCGGAGUCGGUGCAUGGGGACGCGGAGAGCCGGGCUGGGCCGGGCCCCGAGGUUCGGCCGGUUUCUCCUAGACGCCAGGGUUAGCCGAGGGCGUCCCGGUGGUUCUGAAGUCUUGCAGCCCCGCUAGAGAAAGCCGUGUUUGGGAUAGGACAUCAUCCUCCCUUCCUCAGGCCACUGAACUCUGCAGCGCCUGGUCGCCUGCCCACUGGACUCUGCUGGCCGCGAAGCCCGCAUUUAAGCACAGGUGCCCCCUCCACUAGGAAGGGACAGCUAGCAUUCCGAGGCGACGGCGUGCCCCCUUCUGAUGACAGCAGGAGUUCCCAGGAAGUCAGACCUACCCAACAGAUAUCCCUGGCCUGGCGAGUCACAGUGAAUUUCUCAUUGAAAGGAUACUCCCUAAGUUCUCAGCAAAUGAACGCCUCUUUUUGGUUUUGAAAUCUUUUUGUACCUCCCCCCCCUUGGGCUUACCUUUGGCCAUUGGAACGUCAGUAGACUUGAUGUAAAUGAAGGCUUGAAAAACGUUUGUGCAACAUACCUAUUAGAAUUUCCAAAAUCCAGAACGCUGACAAUACCAAAUACUGGCGAGGAUGUGGAGCAACAAGAACUCUCAUUCAUUGCUAGUGGGAAUGCAAAACAGUAGAGCUAUUUUGAAAGACAAUUGACAGUUUCUUACAAAAGGAAACAUGACUCUCUCCAUAUGAUCUGGCAAUGAUGUUCCUUGAUAUUUGCCAAAAAGAGCUGAAAACUUAAUUCCAUACAAAAACCUGUACACAGUUUUUAGCAGCUUUAUUCAUAAUUUGGACAAACCUUGGAAGUAACCAACAUGUUCUUUAGUAGGUGAACAGAUAAAUGAACUGGGGUGUCCAGACCCUGGAAUGUUAUAUGAUGGGAAAAAGAAAUGAGCUAUCAAGCUAUGAGAAGACCUAGAGGAAACUUAAAUGCAUAUUGCUGAGUGAAAGAAGCCGGUCUGUAAAGGUUACAUAUUGUUUGAUUCCAAUUAUACAGCACUCUGGGAGAGGCAAACCUAUGGAGACAGUAGAAAGAUCAGUGGUCGCCAGGGGUUGGGGGUGGGGAGGUUUGAAUGGGUAGAGCACCGAGGAUUUCUAAGGCAGUGAAACUACUCUGUGUGAUACUUCAGUGGUAGAUAGCUAUCAUUAAACAUCUGUCCCAAACCAUAAAACGUACAUUCCUAAUGUCAACUGUGGUGUUUGGCUGAUAAUGAUGUGUCAAAGUAGAUUCACCAAUUGUAACAAGGGUACCACUCUGGUGGAGGGUGUUGAUAAGUGGGGGAGGCUAUGCAUGUGUGGGGGGCAGGGAAGAUAUGGGAAAUCUCCAUACCUUCCCCUCAAUUCUUUUGUGAAUCUAAAACUAUGCUAAAGAAAUUUAUUUAUUUUUUUUAAGUUUGUGCAUUUUUGCUUUUUGUUCUUGGAAUUCUGCCAAGGAGCACAAGCCCACUGAAGGAUGAAAGCCUGGGUUGCUCAGUCAGUUAAGCAUCUGACUCAAUGAUUUCCGCUCCUGUCGUGAUUUCUGGGUUGUGAGAUCGAGCCC